CAAAUGUCACGUUGAUGUCGGUGUUGCUGUUUUACGAAGCGAACCGUAAUUUCUUCUCCAAGAAAUACAUCUCCAAGAUUAUAUACAAAGUGAGUCGAAAUCUUUGAAGUGAGAAAUGAAAUUUUUGCGAUAAGAAAGUUCAUUCCCAUGAUUAAAACAGAACCAUGGUACAUCUGUCAUCAUUAUUACUGAAAAAGUAUCACGGCGGUCAUGUGGUUAUCCGCCUGGCACUGGGUGGAGCCACCAACAGACCAUUUUACCGCAUCGUGGCCGCCUACAACAAAAGGGCACGAGAUGGAAAAUAUAUCGAGCAGCUGGGAUCGUACGACCCGCUCCCCAACAUCUACAACGAGAAACUGGUCAGCUUCAACUACGACAGGAUCAAGUACUGGAUGGGAUGUGGAGCUCAUCCUACUAAACCCAUAGCCAAACUUUUAGGACUGGCCGGAUUUUUCCCGUUGCAUCCUAUGACCAUCACAGAGGCAGAACGGAGGAAAGCAGCGGCAGCUCUGAAACAGGAAGUUACACCUCAGGAGGAAAGCGAAGAAGAGAAGCAGGCAGAACAGUAGUGCUUCCUCUUAAUGCCUACAACAACACAAUGUCUUUCCCAGCAUCAUUUUAGAAGAACUCUGCUUACACACACACGUGAUCUAAUGAGUCUUGUCCUGAUGAUCUAAUGUUUUUUUUUUUUUUUUUUUUUUUAUUAUAUCAGUUAAACGAAAUUUUUAUUUUUAUUUAGUGCUAAUAAAUGUGAUCACAUUCAAACAAUCAAAACAUA